AUGUUGGAGGCAUUAGCCUGUCUGGUGGGACACUGGAUCGAUACCAAGGGGGUCCUCCUGUUCCUCUUGGUUCUGUUGGUGACCAAGUACAUCCGUGAUCUGCCUUCUAAGAACUACCCACCAGGCCCCUCCCCCUGCCUUUUGUUGGGAAUAUGCUGAAUAUCAGCAUCAAGGACCGCAUAGGCUCCUUUAAAAAGGUAAGGACACGUGAGAGAUAAGGUUGUGUGUAUCUGCUCAAAUUAUACACUCUUAGAUAAAAAGGUUACAAAAGGGUUCUUCGGCUGUCCACCAUAGGAACACUCUUUUUGGUUCCAGCUAGAACCCCUUUUGGUUCCAGCUAGAAUUAUUUUGCUUUCCAUGUAGAACCCUCUGUGGCAAGGGUUCUACAUGGAACCCAAAAAGGUUCUACCUAGAACCAAAAAGGGUUCUUUAAAGGGUUAACCUAUGGGGACAGCCGAAUAACCCUUUUAGGUUAUUUUUUUUAGGCACCUUUUUUUCCCCCAUAUCUCCAUAGGCUUUUCCACAACAACAAAAAAUGCUAUACUCAGUGACCAAUUGGAUGUAAUCAUUCUGUAAUCAUUAGUUUGUAUUGUAGAUAAAUGAUAAUGUAAUUAGUGUGCUUAGUCUGACAUGCCCACUGUAGUGUGUUUUCUAUAGUUCGUAGAGACCUACGGGGAUGUGACUACACUAGACUUGGGUGGAGGGAACCGCUGUGUGCUCCUCUCUGGUCUCAGAGGCUUUAAGGAAGCCUUUGUGGAGCAGGCCGACACCUUCACCGAUCGGCCAUCUUACCCCCUGAACGACAGAAUGAGCAGAGGCUUGGGUAGGCUAAUAUGGUAGCUUAAUGCAGGGUUUCCCAAACUCAGUCCUGGGGCCACCCCUGGGUACACGUUUGGGUUUUUGCCCUAGCACUACACAGCUGAUUCAAAUAAUCAACUCAUCAUCAAGCUUUGAUUACUUGAAUCAGCUAUGUAGUGCUAGGGCAAAAAAGAAAACGUGCACCCAGGAGGGGCCCCAGGACCAAGUUUGGGAAACCUUGGCUUAAUGAAUUGAAAUAAUUUUGACCAUUAUGAUAACAUUGUGCCACCAGUAGUAGUAACACCAAUGAUGGUAACACCAAUGAGACAUUUUUGGUCAGUUUUCUAUAAUGGAGGUCACAAAAUAAAAUCUAAGGUCAUCAAUCAUUUAAAAAACAUAACUCUAAAAUGGUAUGAUUAAUCAUUUUGCUCACAACGUUAUUUCCCUUUAUUUGAAUUGACCAACACCAAGUGACACUUUGGAUUUAGACACACCAAAGUAUCAAUGGAAUCCUCAAAUGUAUACAUACUAAAAGGGUGUGAUUAGCUAAGAAUUUUCUUUAAUAUAGACCAUUGGAGGCUGCUGAGGGGAGGACGGCUCACAAUAAUGGCUGGAAUGGAGUCAAUGGAAUGGUCUCAAACACAUCAAACAUGUGGUUUCCAUGUGGUUGAUGCCAUUCCAUUGACUCCAUUCCAGCCAUUAUUAUGAGCAGUCCUCCCUCAGCACCCUCCCCUGAUAUAGACCCCUCCCCCAAUAACAGUGUACCACUGGAGAGAAUGCUCAAGGUCCUUGUAUAUCUUUGUAAUCAGUGAUUUAAGGCGGUAACGACAAUGACAUAAAACUGAGGGAAACACAUUAUACUAGUAAAAAAAAAAGUGUUUUAAUAGGUGAUUGUUCUUAAAUACUUUUUUUUACUGUCUAGCAUUCAAAAUAAUAUAUAGAUAGAGUGUAUCUCUAAAUCCCCAAAACAUUUCACUACACCUCAACAUAUCACCAGUGGGACAAGCCAAUUAGCUAGCCCCCAGUAUUUUCUACAAUGCAUAAAAAUAUAUAUUUUUCAGUAUAAAUGACUUACAUUGAACUGCAGUAAAAUGUAUUAUUUCUCACGUUUUUGUCAAUUUUUGUGUUUUUACAACAUGUUGCCAAAGUCAACGGCCAGCAUUUACCACCACAAUUCAAGAAUGACCCAUCAGGCAGAACCACACAGUCAUAUUGGGUCUUAUUUAGUCAUAUUGGGUCUUAGUAAUUCUGUCAUUGUCUCGAUGUCUUGACCGGAUGAUGGUUUAUCUAGGCCUGAUCUCCUCUAACGGUCACAUGUGGCGGCAGCAGAGGCACUUUGCCCUGUCCACGCUCAAGUACUUUGGAGUGGGGAAGAAGACCCUGGAGACCGCCAUACUCCAGGAGAGCCACUUCCUGGCAGAGAGAGGUGAGGUCAGCGUUUUUGCUACACUUUUAUGGUGCCCAAACCAUGGAAUGAACCACAGUCUCAGUUGUUUAACUGGCACUCUUAUCCAGAAUGGCUAGUUGUUGUAUGGUUUAAUGCUAUCUGGGGUUCAAACCCAAAACUUUGCUAUUGUGAAGUCCAGAUGUUUCUUAGCUUUAAUUUCCAACCGUCUCUGAUCAAGAUAUCCUCUCUCUACCUGUAAAUGAACUAUGAACGUGCAUCUUGAGAUGUAGUUAUUUGCAUAAUUCCGUUAGGGAACGCCUACUCUGUGAAGUGCGCGUGCGCAGUAACUCAAUUUGCCUUUGCACUCCGCUCGAAACAAAGUUUUUUUUUCUCUCACUUUGGCAAAGGGUCAAAUCUACAAAACUGAGUUCAAUCUGUUCAUAACAGAUUUUAGUUUUGGGAACAGAAAACUGUAUUGAGAUCAAAUGUUUCAUCAAUGAGGAAAUUAGCAUAAUGUUGGCCAAAAUCCAUCUCGGUCAAUGUUCUUCCACUGCCGGCCACUGGGCUUCCUCUCAUCACCGUAUUUGGUAGUGAGUGGAAACGCCAACCAGAUGCUUCACACUUAUACAUCCCGUGAAAUAUCUGGCUCAUUGUUCUAUCUGUGUCUAAACUGUCUAAGACAUCUUCAUUUAUCCACCGUCUUUGAACCAACCUCUGAUCUGUUUCAGGCCUGCCCUUUAACCCUGAAGUCGUCACCAACAAUGCAGUGGCCAACAUCAUGUGCACCCUGGUGUUUGGUCGUAGGUUUGAAUACAACGACCACCACUUCCACCACAUGCUGAAAUGCUCCGAGGAUGUUUUACAGCUGCCUGCUACCUUCUGGGGACGGGUAUGGUUACAACAUCACAGACGUGUCUGCUAUUCUCUGUUGGGUGAUCAAUGUAUCUCUUUGGCAAAGUGAGUUAUAGUGCACAGUAUCUGCAAGGACACAAAUUCUCCUCAGGAAAUCUACCUUCUCAGGCUAAUUUCCUGUUCUUUCGACAGAUGUAUAAUCAGUUUCCCACACUGCUGCACUAUUUACCUGGGAGGCACAAAUCAGCCUUCAUCAACCUUGGUACCAUAAAGCAGUUUAUCAGAGAGGAAGUAGAGGAACACAAAGAGGACGAAAACCCGUCCAACCCCAGAGACUACAUAGACUGUUACCUCGAAGAGAUAGAGAAGGUUAUACCACUGCUGGACUUUUUCAGCUCUUUUCGAUCUUUAACAGUUACUGCAUGUGAUCUACUCUCAUGUCUCUAGAAUUACGAUGGCCACGUUAAUACAGUUUGUUCGUCAUAUUUUGGGCUAAUUCCGUCAAGAAAAUGUUACAUUUGUGGUUUAAAAUGACUGAAUAUGUAAAUUGUCAGCAAACUCCCUACAGCCUACAGCCAGUGCAUGAUGAUUUGACCUCAACUUGACUUCACCUGAUGACCACUUCCCAGUGCAGAAUCAAGAUGGGGCGGCUGGCUUCACUGAGGAGAACCUGCUGUACUGUGUGGUGGAUCUGUUUGGGGCCGGGACAGAGACGACAUCCAACAGCCUUCGCUGGGCAAUGCUGUACAUGUUGGCGUCAAAGGGAUGGUUUCCCGGACACAAUAGAGAGUCUUCAUUGAGCAUGCUUUUUAGUCCAGAACUAGACUUCAUCUGUGUUCAGGAAACAGACCCUAAGAGUAAACAGGCCCUAAGAGUAAACAGGCCCUAAGAGGAAACAGGCCCUAAGAGGAAACAGGCCCUAAGAGUAAACAGGCCCUAAGAGGAAACAGGCCCUAAGAGUAAACAGGCCAUAAGAGUAAACAGGCCCUAAGAGUAAACAGGCCCUAAGAGGUAACAGGCCCUAAGAGUAAACAGGCCCUAAGAGUAAACAGGCCCUAAGAGGAAACAGGCCCUAAGAGUAAACAGGCCCUAAGAGUAAACAGGCCCUAAGAGUAAACAGGCCCUAAGAGGAAACAGGCCCUAAGAGUAAACAGGCCCUAAGAGUAAACAGGCCCUAAGAGUAAACAGGCCCUAAGAGUAAACAGGCCCUAAGAGGAAACAGGCCCUAAGAGUAAACAGGCCCUAAGAGUAAACAGGCCCUAAGAGGAAACAGGCCCUAAGAGUAAACAGGCCCUAAGAGGAAACAGGCCCUAAGAGUAAACAGGCCCUAAGAGGAAACAGGACCUAAGAGGAAACAGGCCCUAAGAGUAAACAGGCCAUAAGAGUAAACAGGCCCUAAGAGUAAACAGGGCCUAAGAGGAAACAGGCCCUAAGAGUAAACAGGCCCUAAGAGUAAACAGGCCCUAAGAGUAACAGGCCCUAAGAGGAAACAGGCCCUAAGAGUAAACAGGCCCUAAGAGGAAACAGGCCCUAAGAGGAAACAGGCCCUAAGAGUAAACAGGCCCUAAGAGGAAACAGGCCCUAAGAGGAAACAGGCCCUAAGAGGAAACCGGCCCUAAGAGGAAACCGGCCCUAAGAGGAAACAGGCCCUAAGAGUAAACAGGCCUUAAGAGGAAACAGGCCCUAAGAGGAAACAGGCUUUAAGAGGAAACAGGCCCUAAGAGUAAACAGGCCCUAAGAGGAAACAGGCCUUAAGAGGAAACAGGCCCUAAGAGUAAACAGGCCCUAAGAGGAAACAGGCCUUAAGAGGAAACAGGCCCUAAGAGGAAACAGGCCUUAAGAGGAAACAGGCCCUAAGAGUAAACAGGCCCUAAGAGGAAACAGGCCUUAAGAGGAAACAGGCCCUAAGAGUAAACAGGCCCUAAGAGGAAACAGGCAUUAAGAGGAAACAGGCCCUAAGAGUAAACAGGCCCUAAGAGUAAACUGGCCUUAAGAGUAAACAGGCCUUAAGAGGAAACAGGCCCUAAGAGUAAAGAGGCCCUAAGAGUAAACAGGCACUAAGAGUAAACAGGCCCUAAGAGUAAACAGGCCCUAAGAGUAAACAGGCCUUAAGAGUAAACAGGCCCUAAGAGGAAACAGGCCCUAAGAGGAAACAGGCCAUAAGAGUAAACAGGCCCUAAGAGGAAACAGGCCUUAAGAGGAAACAGGCCAUAAGAGUAAACAGGCCCUAAGAGGAAACAGGCCCUAAGAGGAAACAGGCCCUAAGAGUAAACAGGCCCUAAGAGUAAACAGGCCCUAAGAGUAAACAGGCCUUAAGAGGAAACAGGCUCUAAGAGUAAAGAGGUCCUAAGAGUAAACAGGCCCUAAGAGUAAACAGGCCUUAAGAGUAAACAGGCCCUAAGAGGUAACAGGCCUUAAGAGUAAACAGGCCCUAACAGUACUCUGUUAUAAUAGCCUAGUGCUUACCAGAAGAAUGACUUGUUUUAUGGCUUUAUUAAUCAAUUAUACUGCAUGCGCUAUGCAGCCAUCUGCUCUAGACAAUCAUUAACUUCCUCAUUCUGACUUCCUCCGUAGAGAAGGUGCAGGUGGAGAUCGAUGAGGUCAUAGGUUCGGCUCGCCAGCCCUCAAUGGACGACCGAGCCGAAAUGCCGUAUACCUACGCUGUGAUUCAUGAGAUCCAGAGGUUUGGGAACAUCGUCCCCUUCACGCCUCCCAGAGUGGCCAGUAAAGACACCACCGUGGCGGGGUAUCUAGUGCCCAAGGUGGGUGUAGGGUCGAUGGAUGGUGGUGGAGAUGUUGUGAUUCUACUGCUGGAGUACAUGAUCAACUGAAUGUUUGAGUUGAUGCGUGUUGGUGCAAUGGUGCAUGUUGACGUCACACUGAAGGUUUUACUGGCAAUGCCAUUUGACAAAUGGACUCUUCUGUUUUGCACAGGGAACUAUGGUUCUUCCCAUGUUAAAACCAAUCCUAAAGGACAAAAAUGAGUAUGCAAUCCCAGAUCAGUUAAAUCCUGGACAAAAAUGAGUAUGCAAUCCCAGAUCAGUUAAAUCCUGGACAUUUCCUGGAUGAAAAUGAAAAAUGUGUCAGAAAAUACAAUUUGAUCCCAUUUUCUAGAGGUAAUGUAUUAUUAACAUACACGUAAAAUGUAAACAUGUAAUGUAAUACUGUUAAUCCAUAACAAAAACCCUUAAUUUGUCUCCCAAACAUGUAUCACAACCCUAUCUUGCUUCAUUCCGCCCUACCAGAGAAACGGUUGUUCAAAAUGGAAUGUGCUACUGCAGAUUCUUGAGGAGACAUUAGACAGAACUGUUAUGGUUUUCAUUUUCCAUAGAGUCUGCCAAGACACGUAGAGGUUGGAAGGGUGGAGAACACACACACACACACACACACACACACACACACACACACACACACACACACACACACACACACACACACACACACACACACACACACACACACACACACACACACACAAACACACCCACACACACUCUCCAUCCUCAUGUUAAAGGUAUGUGUGUGUGUGUGUGUGUGUGUGUGUGUGUGUGUGUGUGUGUGUAUGUGUGUGUGUGUGUGUGUGUGUGUGUGUGUGUGUGUGUGUGUGUGUGUGUGUGUGUGUGUGUGUGUGUGUGUGUGUGUGUGUGUGUUGUGUGUGUGUGUGUGUGUGUGUGUGUGUGUGUGUGUGUGUGGUGUGUGUGUGUGUGUGUGUGUGUGUGUGUGUGUGUGUGUGUGUGUGUGUGUGUGUGUGUGGUGUGUGUGUGUGUGCUCUCCUCUCUCUCAGGUAAGAGGAUGUGUCCAGGGGAGCAGCUGGCCAGGAUGGAGCUGUUUCUGUUCUUCACCUGUCUGCUCCAGAGGUUCACCUUCACACCUCCACAGGGCUGGGAGCUUGGCCUGGAGGGCCAGGUGGGCAUCAUCAGUGGACAAAAGCCCUUCAAAAUCUGUGCCCUGCCUCGAUGA